CGGAGCGGGCUCGGGGCUGGGGGCUGCGGGGCUGGGACUGGAAGGCUGGAGGACCAGCCGCAGAUGAGGGAACCGAGGCCCAGAAACGCGAAGUGACCCACCCAAGAGCGGACAGGCGGCGGAGCUGGGAUUAGAACCCACGACCUUCUGACGCCCAGGCUGGCUCCACCACGCCACGCGGCUUCCAGGAGAAGAGGCCGGACGCAUCCUGCCGGGCAAUUUCCUCUUGGUGCUGCAUUGAAAUGAGCCGCUUCCUGAACGUACUACGCAGCUGGCUGGUUAUGGUGUCCAUCAUCGCCAUGGGGAACACCCUUCAGAGCUUCCGGGACCACACCUUCCUCUAUGAAAAGCUGUACACCGGCAAGCCAGAUCUCGUGAACGGCCUCCAGGCUCGGACCUUUGGAAUCUGGACCCUGUUGUCCUCGGUGAUUCGCUGCCUUUGUGCCAUUGAUAUCCGCAAUAAGACGCUGUAUCACAUUACCCUGUGGACCUUCCUCCUUGCCUUGGGACACUUCCUCUCAGAGGUAUUUGUGUAUGGCACAGCAGCUCCAACAAUUGGGGUCCUGGCCCCGCUGAUGGUGGCAAGUUUCUCCAUCAUGGGCAUGCUGAUCGGAUUGCAGUAUCUGGAGGUGGAGCCAGUGUCCCGCAGCAAGAAGAGAAACUGAGGCAUCAACUUGCAUCUUUUGUAGCAUCGUCUCCCCACCUCUGGGCCAACCCUGCCAAACUGACACAGCCUGAGUGGGAACCCGGGCAAAUCACUCUUCUCUGUCUCUAGUGGUUUUCCUUCCCCACUCUAUCAUGGGCCUCUUCCCUCACCUUCAAACCUCCCAUCUUUGAGAGCCAGUGCAAUUGCCAGGUUCCCCGGUCACAGCAGUGCUCAUUCCUUUUUUGGUUGGUUUUUCCUUUUUGGAGGACAUGGCACUCUGGGGAGAUGCACAAUGCUACGGUGCCCCAGAGCGGCGGGGGUGAAUGAAAGGUCAGCGACUUCGGCUCUGCUGCCACAAAAGGACUCCUCCACACCUUCAAGGGGAGGAGCGUUCCCUGAAGGCCUAAACAUUCUUGCAAGAGGUUUUGGGAGCAAAGAACCUGGAUCCAGCCCACCCCCUGGCACCUGGGCUUCUUUGGAGACUUUCUAAUUGUCAGUGCGCGUGAGGUGUGUUUUGUAAUAAACGAGAGAAAACUGUUUAGUAGA